AAGAGACGAGUCCUGCUGAGGUCCUGGUGGCUGGGGCAAGCUGCCUCUCCAUCCAGCAUCUGCAAGGCUCUGAUUCUCUUGCUGUUUCGCAGGUGAAAGAUGAAAAAACCAUACAGGAAACGUUCGACCUGAGUGACUACGAGAAAUGUGAAGAGCUCAGGAAGUCCAAAAGCAGAAGCAAAAAGAACCACAGCAAGUUCACCCUGGCCCACUCCAGGCAGCCUGGAAACACGGCACCAAACCUGAUCUUCCUGGCUGUGAGUCCGGAGGAGAAGGAGUCCUGGAUUAACGCCCUCAACUCCGCGAUCACACGCGCCAAAAACCGCAUCUUGGACGAGGUCACCGUGGAAGAGGACAGCUUCCUCGCCCACCCCACGCGCGACAGGGCCAAGAUCCAGCACUCCCGGCGCCCUCCCACGCGGGGACACCUGAUGGCUGUGGCAUCUACCUCAACCUCGGACGGCAUGCUGACCCUCGACCUGAUCCAGGAGGAGGACGCGUCCCCCGAGGAGCAGAGCACCUGCGAGGGCAGUUUCCGGGUGGACCUGGACAAGUCGGUGGCACACCUGACCGCCGGCCGGCGCCGCUCCGGCCCCGAGGACGCCGCGGAGAAGGGGCGGACGGGGAGCCUCCCGCGCCGGGAGCCGGCCCCCUGGGACAGGGCCGGGCAGCGCAAGGACUCCCUCGACAGGGGGGCCAUGUACACCCCGCAGGUCCCCAAAAAGCUGUCGUACUCAGAGAAGAACAAAUGUGCCUCCAUGGAAGAGAUCCUGUCCCGCCGGGACUCUGGCGCGCACCGCGCGGGGCCCAGGAGGGGGCUGGAGGCUCCGUUCGCCUCGGCGGAGCCGGAGCGCCU